AGGAUCGACAACAAUGACUCUGCAAUUUAGGAGAUCAGGAUCGCUUUCGAGAAUCUUUAAGACGACCUUGAUUUUUUCCAUAUGGCUGACCAACAAAUACUUGAUAGAAGGAAGAAUCAUCAUCUACAUAUGGCUUGUUGCAUUAAUGAGCAUCCUAGCUGUUCGAGCAGUGAUUGUGAAACUUGCUUUAUAUCUCCACAUACAGUUGCCACUAUAUUGAGAUGGAAGAGGUUUGCAUUGGUUGUAGCAAUGUGCAUACUGGCUGUUGGAGUGGUGAUUUUGCAACUUGCUUUCUAUCUUAGCAUACAGGUCGACGGCGGGUCUCCUGAGUCCCAGUGUAUUACUGCAUAUACCCUCCCCUUUCACCGAAAAAUCUCUAAGUACUUGCGAUUCCUGACUUCUCCUCCGUGCGCACCCUCCCACUUCCGAUUGUUCUCCUUUUACCCAAAUUCAACAGCUCUCUCUCGGGGCCCUUUUUUCAACGAAGGUACACCCAUCACCCAUGGAUGGAGCUUAAUUCUUGAUUUUGCCAAGGCAAGAUUUUUCCAAGUCAACUUCGAAUUAUGCAUCUGCCUAGGACAACAAUGCUUGAUUUUUCUCAAUGGGAUGGAUGCCUUAAUGCCUCAGGUAAUAUAUGCCAAUUCCUAAUAUAUGCCAAUUCCAUUUUAUUAGUUCCUGAAAGUGUUCCUUUUUGUGUGUCUGUGCGCGUGCAACUCAAUUAAUUAAUCAAUUGGAAAGAAAAGU